AUGAGUCUCAUCAGCACACCAGAGAGGAUGGAACUGAAUUUUUAUCUGGCCUCCAAAGAGACUCUUAGGCCAGUCGUCCGUGCGUUCAUGAACCAGCUGACGGCAGAAAACUGGCAGAGACUGGAGACUGGGCGUCUUGACCCAGAGACAAGUACUCGCGUGACAGCUUUGUGUGUAAAUGUUAUUGAAAUUUUGGCUCAAAGUCUGCAUGAGUCUCUCAACAGAAGACUUGAAAAACAGAAAGACUGGUCACCAGGAUCUGCUAAAUCUGUGUGUAAGGAGGACGUGCGCGAAUGUUUAGGGAACAUGGGUGAAGUCAUCGCACAGACUGUGGCAGAGGUACAGGGUGUAGGAGACAUCCACUACCCUAAGAGCGGGCGGGUGACAGAGCUCAUGGUCACAGCAGUCACAGAGAGAGUCAACUCCAGGCUGUCUAAAACAAGUGACAGUGACGACUCGGAGGAGCACAAGACUUCCCCCACUAUUCUAAUCAAACUGAGGGGACACUUCAAGAGGAUUCUCAAAAACUGCUACGAAAGGAUGAAGACAAUGUUGCACCGAGUCAAAUCAACCUGCACUGUGCAGGAGAAGGAAGAGGUGGUGGUACCCACUCAGACCUCUGUAACUUCUCUGCAAGAAGAGAAACCAGGCAGGGCCGAGUCUACGGUCAACAAAUCCCCGACUAUUUUUCAUGUGACCAAAGAAAUCCUGGAGCAACAACUGGAAGAGAUUGUUCAUGAUGCUCAGAGUUACUCCACAGAGGAAGAAGAUAGCCUGCUUCUUUCUCAAACCAGCAAGGACUACGAGUUAUCAGAGUUAUCAUCUCAGAUUGUUGAAAAUUUUACAGAGGAUGUUCCACAGGACCUGGCUGGAUGUCACACAGAAGAUCUCUUAGGAUACCGCAGGAGAAAAGUCAUCAGGCAGAUGAGGACUGUCUUUGUCCAAACAUUUGCUCGAGGGUCAAUCCUGAGCAUGAUGUCUAAAUUCAGACGCAAGCCGGCCUCCCGUAAAGAACAGGAAGCUGUGAAAUUAGUCAAUUCACAGCUGAUUAAGAGUGUGGAUGAUCUUUUAACAGAGUUCAUUACAACAAACAAUCAGGUACCAAGUCGUGGGUCAUUAGAGGAUUGCCCCUUUGAGAAAUUAGCCAGCAUCUUUUCCGGUGACGAGCUGGAAAGUUUUGCUGAAAAGCUGAGUGACACAUUGGCCAGUCACUUGACACCACCAAAAGUCCAAGAAAAAACACACCGAGAAGAGAUUCGUGCUGGAGUAGACAAGAUCCUUAAAGAGACGAGGAAGUGGCUAAAGAAGCAGAGCCGACUGCGCAAGAUUAGGAAGGACUGUGUGAGCAUGACUCUCAAGAAGUUCAGGAGAUUUGUGCAGAAUAACCAGUCAGAUCUCAGUCCCCCCAAAACUGGAGCUGAGGAUCAGACCUGCCCCACACCUGUGCGAGAGGAGGUUCAAAGCUUCACAGCUGAGGAGGAGGAAGAAGAGGCCUGCUCAGAUGAGGAGGAGGAAGAAGAGGUCUACACAGCUGAGGAGGAGAAGGAAGAGGCCUGCUCAGAUGAGGAGGAGAAGGAAGAGGUCUACACAGCUGAGGAGCAAGUAGAACAGGCUCAGGUGGCAAAACCAUCUGGUCAAAACACUGAAUCUGUUCUGUGGGACCCACUGAUUUGCCAAAUCAUUGUGAAGAUGUUCUUACGCAAAGUCAUGAAAAAUUUCUUCCCCGAUCAGACCUACAAAUCAGCUGAAGCCAGACUGACAGACAUGCUGUAUGAAAAGAUGAGUGGUACUUCUGUUAAUGUGGAUUUGAGCCUGAAAAGCAUCAAAAAGAAAUGCAAAGCUGUGUACAAAGAAGUGCUCAAAAAUGUUGAUGCUUCAGUUCUUUGGUUAAAUCUCUUGGAAGAGGAUCAACCACUCCUUGAGGCUGUGGCUGAGGCUCUAAUGAAGCAUUUUUCAUCAGAAAGACCCAGCUCCAUCCAAAAGUUCUUCAGAUGUCUUCUCCGGACUUUCACUUCAGCUUGGACCCCCUGGGCUUCCCGCCUAACUGCAGCUUGUCGCGCAUGAAGUCCUAGAUGGAUAUGAGGACAGACUUCAGGCCCAUACAUGGCCACCAGCGAAUGGGUUUACUCCGAGUGCUUCGGUUUCUCCCAACACAAGACUAAAAACCUUGAAAAAAAAAUAAAAUAAAUAAAAUAGCAGAGUGGCGCAGUGGAAGCGUGCUGGGCCUAAAACCCAGAGGUCGAUGGAUCGAAACCAUCCUCUGCUAACCAUGCUGGAAAUGUGCAGCUGCUCCGUUCAUGUCUCCCACAGGUGACGUUUCUUCUUCAUCAGAAUUGGCCAUUUUUAAUCAAAAGAUAAUGACACAAAAAUCAUUGGGACAUACCUGCAUGUCCUGGAUCCUAGGGUUGACAAAUAACUUAAGGAUCCAGGACAUGCAGGUAUGUCCAAAUGAUUCUCCCAUGAAGCUAAGAUCAUAUUCUGGAUGUAGGUGCAAACAGAAAUGAAAUGUGAUGGAAAACUGAGCACAAAUAAGCUAUUCUAGCCAUUUUUCAUAUCAAUAUGGGAUAACAUACAAAUGAAAACACUCAAAAAAAGCAUUUUGCACUAUGAGGAAGUAAUAUUUUACACAGGCAGGCAAGUGGGGCUGACUCCAGAUGAGGUCAGGACUGUAUAAUGUGUCAAAUAUGGCGAUUUUCCACCUAACGAACCACACGUUUUGACUGAUUACUCAAAAAGUGAUGGAAUGCCCAUCCUGAAACUUGCAGGGAUGCUGGUGGACAUGAUCGUCUUUCUUUAGUGUGAAUAUGAAGACAAUUGAAGGACGCAUGUUUUUUGCUAUUUCCAAUUUAAGGUUUUGGUCUUUUAUAAUUUUUUUUUUACACCUCUGUUAACAUCAGCAUAAAGAGUCAUUAUUGACAUGAUUUCAACCCGUUUGACCCUGAAUUCAAAUCAUCACCGACCUUCAGGAGGACUUGGAGACUCCUGGUUAAGAACUCAGCAGGAUCCGCUCGUUAACUUUAAUUAGAUGAUACGUGAGAGGUUCAGAUUAAUGAAUGAACGAAUGAACCCUUAAUCAAUCACUUAUCAAUCACUGACGGCGCUCCUUUGCAGCUUAUUAACAUGUAUUGAUGAACAUCUAUAAAUGGAUUAUUGACUGUUGAACCUCAGUUUGGAGCCUCACAUACGAGAUGUUCCCAAAAAGUCGUUUUAUCAUUUAAAGAAGAUCUCCAGAGUGCGCCGGUUUCUCUCUCUGGAGCCGACGCAGAGACUCUUCUUCAUGUAGAAUCCACUAUCUCCAUGCUCUCCUCUCUGGUCUUCAUAAAAACAUCUCACAGCUUCAGCUCCAACAAAGUUCAGCUGCACACAUGCUGACGAAUGUCAGUUUUGGUUUGUUGGCUUGUAGAGGUUGAAGAUGAGAUUGUUUUGUUUCACCUGGAGAUAAAGAGCAAAUGUCUUCAACAGCACUGUGGGAAAGGGGCAGGAUUAAAAAGAAGAAUAUCUCAACUCUCAGCCACUGAAUCUACACAAAAACUGUAGGACCCUAUGUGAAACUGAGCCUUCUGUAUGGUUCAAAGUUUGCAUAGUUAAAGCUUGGCAUGACUUUACGUGCCACAGACACUGCUGUCAAAAUUAAAUAAUAUCAAAAGCUGUGAUCAUAGUUAACAUUUAAUCACUUCGGAGAACAACUUGUAGUCAAAUGUGUGGACAAGUUUCAACAUCAGAUUUGUCAUUUUUGCGCUGCUUCUAUUAAAAUAUAGGGUUAAAAUGAUGUUAUUUUUUAAAUCAACAUUUUACAGUCUCCCACAUUUUUUGAAAUUGGAAAUGUAAAUGUAAUAGUUGUGUCACUUAAUGUCAUGCAAAAUAUAAAAAUAUGAAACUAUAUGGGGAAAAAAAAAACGAUUCCCUGUCAUUAUUGAGCAGUUUUUUUGUUUGUUUUUUUAUUUAUCUAUUUAUUUAUUGUGACAGUUUGUUAAAUAAAGGACCUAUUUAUGCUGAUGUUAACAGAGGUGUAAUGAGAGUAAAUAAAUGUGUUAAUUAUGAUUUUAUUUUAGAAGAUCCUCCUCAGGUCUUAUCAGAAGUUUAUUAAGAAGGGAUCAAUAACAGGGACCUUCAGUCAGGAAUGUUGCUCAGAGGUAGUCUGUCCUCGACAUAAAGCUCCCUGAUAGGACGCUGGUCCUCUGGGGACGACGGUGACCCUUUGAGGACUUCCUGUGACUCAGAUGAGCAGUAAUCAUCAUUGAUCAUCUGAUCGGAGCAGAUAUCUGGUCUUCUGAGUUCUCUCUAACUCUGGUUUUUAGAGGGACAGGGUCAGCAUGAAGACAGUCUCAGGGAUGAUCCAGAGACCCAUGAGGACGUGUCAGAGCUGUUGUCCUCUGAGGACAUUCCUCCACAGUGAUUGAUGCCCUCAUGUAAAUCAGGUCAGCUGCAGCGGGCCUGAUGGGCUGAUUGAUUGCGUCUUUAACACCCGAUGAGUCCCUCAGACUGGAGUGCUGCUCCUCUCUGCCGGUCCUGCUCCUUUGUCUCAGCCCCAAAGUGAACCAUUGAGACGAGUGAGUCCUGUGUCCUCCUCAGCCGCCUUUGUGAACCUCACAAUGACCAUUCAGCUCUGUUGGUGGUAGAGCUGCUUUUCAUCCUGCUCUCCAGCUCUGCAGCAGCCGAGCGUGAGGCGGAGAGGACCCUGCACAAACACAGAGACAGGGACAGAGCUCUGCAGGGUCCGCAGAGAGGACGGGGUUAA